AUAAUAAAUUAAGAGAGAUGGAGAGAGUAGUAUUGUGUGUUGUAUUUGUGGUGGUUUGUUUUUCAUUUGGGAAUUCACUUUGCUCCUCUCAUGAUUCCCUUUCACUUUUACACUUUAAGCAUUCACUUAACGCGACAGGUGACCAUCAAUAUGGUUGCCCAAAUUCUUCUUAUCCUAAGACAACAUCUUGGAAUAUGACUAGUAUGGAUUGUUGUAAGUGGGAUGGAAUUACCUGCAAUAGUUUCACUGGUCAUGUCAUUGGUUUGGACUUGAGUUGCAGCAGACUUGAAGGAACUCUACAUCCAAAUAGUAGCCUUUUCCAGCUUCGUCAUCUUCAAACACUCGAUCUUUCUUCUAAUGACUUUACAGGUUCUCAAAUUCCACAGGGGAUUGGUCAGUUGGUCAGCUUAACGCAUCUCAAUCUUUCUUACAGUUGUUUUGAAGGUAGGAUUCCAUUAGGCAUCUCACACUUGUCCAAAUUGGUUUCCCUUGAUCUAUCUGAUGGCUGUUAUCCCUCACUCCAGUUCAGUCAUGACAUGUUGAAUAUGCUCUUUCAAAACUUAACCAAAUUAGAGUUUCUUUCUCUUUAUUUUCUAAACAUAUCAUCCAACAUACCAAUGAAUGUAUCAUUCUCUUCUUCUUUGAGAUAUCUAAAUAUUGCAAGAACUAACUUGCAAGGAGACUUGCCAAAAAGCAUUUUCCUCCUGCCCAAAUUGGAAACUCUCAGACUCUCAGAAAAUCAUUAUCUAACUCUUUCUUUACCCGACUACUUUAGCUGGAGCAGGACUACUCAUUCACUAAGGGAGUUAGAUCUCUCUUUUAAUAAUGUUUCUGGAGGGAUACCUAAUUCACUCGGAAAUACUUUCAAAGCCUUAAAGAUUCUACGACUUUCUAUGUGCAGCCUUGCCGGACCAUUUCCAGAAUUCAUUGGGCAACUUUCACAAAUCACCCAAUUAGACCUAUCACACAACAAUUUGGAUGGCAAAAUUCCAGACGUUUUUUACAACUUGCAAAUGCUUACAUCCUUGUCACUGGAUAACAACAACUUCACUGGCCCGUUCCCACCUUCUCUUGUGAAUUUGACAAACCUUCAAGUUUUAAGGUUGAGAAACAAUUCACUCAGUGGUACAAUUCCAGAGUUUAAGACUAAUUCAAUAGAAAUACUUGAUUUGUCUCGUAAUCAAUUCUCUGGUCCCAUACCUCAAUCGCUUACACAUCUUCUCAACCUAACUGCUGUCUUUCUUGGACAAAAUAAGUUGAGCGGCGAGGUUGGAGCAGAGAUGUUUUCAAGCAUGAAAAACCUUCAAUAUCUUGAUCUUUCUCUUAGUGGUUUAUCAUGGAGUGGCAAUAGCAACACCACUUUUCCCCUUCUUUCUUAUUUAGCUUUACGCUCUUGUGGUGUGAAAGAUUUCCCAGAUUUCAUAUUCAACUCUAAAGAUUUAUGGGUUUUGGAUCUAUCGGAGAAUGAAAUUCACGGGCAGUUCCCUAAAUGGUUUGGGGGUUUGAGUGCAUUGCAAUUCCUUAAUGUCUCUCACAACUUCCUUACAAGCUUAGACCAUAUACCUUGGGUGACAAUGAUGAUACUUGAUCUUCAAUCAAAUUCACUCACAGGACCUUUGCCAUCUCCCAUUUGCACCAUAACUGAACUUUACCUUAUAAAUCUGUCUUAUAAUAAUUUGAUGGGUGAAAUUCCCAAUUGCUUGUUUACUUCUUCCUCGCUCAAGGUCUUAAACUUACAAGCUAAUAACUUCCAUGGACCCAUCCCAAACAAAUUCCCAGAUAAUAGUGCACUAGGUCAUAUUAAUUUGAGCAAAAAUCAAUUGGAAGGUCCCAUACCAACAUCACUAGUCAACUGUACAUCCUUAAGAGUCCUUGAUUUGGGAAACAAUAAAAUCCAUUCAACAUUUCCCUCCUGGUUGGAAACACUGCAACAGUUAGAGCUUCUCAUACUGAAAUCUAAUAGAUUUUACGGACCCAUCGUUGCUUUCCAAACAAAAUUGCCAUUUUCAAAUAUGAAGAUCUUUGACCUCUCCAACAAUUCAUUUACUGGCUCUUUACCUAUGGAGAUUCUAAAAGGUUUCAAAGACAUGGAUGCACACAAAUCAGGAUUGGAGUACUAUGUUGAGGAAACCAUAAGUUUAGGAAGUUACUUUGUCGAUGAGUCUUUGUAUAGUGGAUUAUAUGUGGAAUCGGUGAUAUUGGUGAUGAAAAAUCAAGAGACUAAAUUCAACAAGAUGUUGAAGAUGUUCACUACAAUCGAUUUGUCAAGGAACAAGUUUGAAGGAGAAAUCCCUAAAUUCAUUGGGAAUUUGAAUUCACUUCUGCUGCUGAAUUUAUCUCACAACAGCCUCACAGGACACAUUCCUGUUGAAAUGAAGAACAUGAGCACUCUUGAAGCUUUGGAUCUUUCAUUUAACCAGCUUACCGGAAAAAUUCCAGAGGAAUUGGCAAGUCUCACAUUUUUGGCUGUCCUAAAUCUUUCACACAACCAUCUUGCUGGACCUAUUCCUCAGAGUAAUCAGUUCAAUACGUUUCAAAAUGAUUCCUAUUUAGGAAACUCUGAAUUGUGUGGAUUUCCACUGUCAAAUGAAUGUGGGAAGCAUAAGAGUGCAUCAGUACCAGUUGAACAUGAAGAAGAUGAACCAAGUUUUCUUAGCGAAAUGACUUGGCAGUCUGUGCUGAUUGGUUAUGGCUGUGGCUUGACAUUUGGAUUUGGCAUAGUGUAUCUCAUAUACCUCUUUGAAAGGCCAAGAUGGUUCAUAAACUCUUUUGAAACUAUCACUCAUGAAAUGAUAUACAUAAUACAGAGAGCACGUAAAAGGCGCAGGAGGAAUUUUCACACUGAAAAUCUCUGAGAUGGCGAUCAGAAAGUAUGAAGCAAGAGAGAGAUAGGAAUAUGCUACUAGAGCAUGGGCUUAUGAAAAUACUGAUUUUAGUGUAUUGUUAUUUGUUUGUCAAGUAUUUAACAUGCCCUCUGGCAAGAUAUGUAUUGUAUAAGCAACUUAUUAUUAUUAUUAUCCAGUUUGAAUGUAAAUUCUAUGUUGGUGUGUUUCGUGCAACUUCUCGUGAGAAAACUAGUUUAAAAAAAGGUAACAGACAGGAUACUGGAGGGAAGUCAGGGUAAUGGAGGGGAGCCGGAUCCGAUACUUAUAUCUAGUUUCUAUGACAGGCGAAGUGAAUAAUUUUAUUAUGAUGACAGUUGUUCCAUUGCCAAUCUUCUAUUCCUAAGGCAUCAGUCUUUGAACAGGAGUAUAAUUUGUCUUGUGAAAGAUUUGAUCUACUAUAUAUGCUAGAUAUGAUUAGGAGUGGCACCAGAAACACACAUAUCACUUGUUUUAUUAGCAAGUUGCUCUAAAUUCAUAUUUGUAUUUUGUAUGCUCAAAUGUUCAGUUUCACUAUAGAGACAAAAACAAAAUGAAAUGCCUA